CCCACCGCGGCGAGGCCACGCCCCCCCCCCGCCGCCGGCGGAGAGGAGGGCCGUGAUGGCGGCCGGGCUGUGCCGCGCUUUCGGGGCUCUCCUGCUUUCGGCCGCGCCGCGCCCCGCCCGGUUCCGCGCCCCGCCUCCCGUCCCCCCGCUUUGCUUACCGGGGGCAGCGCUGGCGGCCGCCCGCCGCGGGCUGGGCGGCUCGGCGCCUCGCUGCACCACCGACCCGCUGUGGAAGUGCCGGGUCAAGUACACGGUGCGGCCGGUGGGCAUGAAGAAAACGGGUGGCCGCGACCACACAGGUCGCAUCCGUGUCCGUGGGAUCGGCGGCGGGCACAAGCGGCGGUACCGCAUGAUCGACUUCCAGCGGCUGCGCUACGAGGAGGGGGCCCCGCCGCAGCCCUUCACCGAAAAAGUCAUCAACGUCCGAUACGACCCUUGCAGGUCGGCUGACAUCGCUCUGGUGGCCGGUGGCAACCGCAAGCGCUGGAUCCUCGCCACGGAGAACAUGCAGCCCGGGGACAUCAUCAAAAACUCCUCGCACAUCGGCAGGAUAGCGGUAUCGGCCAACGAAGGGGACGCCUACCCGCUGGGAGCUCUGCCUGUCGGCACGCUGAUCUGCAACCUGGAGAGCCACCCCGGGAAAGGAGCGCAGUACAUCCGAGCAGCCGGGACGUGCGGGGUGCUGCUGAGGAAAGUAAACGGGACAGCCAUCGUGCAGCUCCCCUCCAAGAGGCAUAUGCAGGUGCUGGAGACCUGCGUGGCCACAGUGGGCCGGGUGUCUAACGUGGACCACAACAAGCGGGUGAUUGGGAAGGCGGGUCGGAACCGCUGGCUGGGCAAACGCCCGCACACCGGCUUGUGGCAUCGCAAGGGCGGCUGGGCUGGGCGCAAGAUCAAACCUCUCCCGCCCAUGAAGAGCUACGUCAACCUGCCACGGGUCACAGCGCAGGAGUGAUGCUGGGGGGCGGGAGGGGGGGGGGUUAUUACCUCCUAAUAAAACAUCCUCCGCGCCA